AUGUCUGCGGCACGUCAACAAGUUCUGGUCUUGCAUCCUAGCAAAACUGAGCGCAUGAAUAGUAGCAGACUCGACGAUGACGGUGCGCUUCAGACGGUCUUCCGACUAACAGACGCAAAAAACCCAACGGUUUAUCACGCUCGACGACCCCAUAAGAAGUCCCGAGGGGGUUGUAUCACCUGUAAGAGGCGGCGGGUCAAAUGCGACGAACGCAAGCCAUGUUGUCGAAGAUGCGAAGCUCGGGGUACCACAUGCAGUUAUGUCACAGCGUCGGAGAGCCUACUGAGUGGCAGUGAUAAGACUGAAGCAUUCGCCCUCGAAAAGCCCAGCAAAACGGGGUUUUCCUUGUCGCUUGUCGAUAUGCGGUCCCAGCUGGAGGGGAUUUUGAGCGUCGGAUCAGGCUCCAAAAUUCAAAGGUCGUGUCAGCCCUUUAUUAUGGAUGCGUUUCAACAUUUCUUUACCUGGUCUGUUGAAACAGUCGGCCAACCUGGUAUUCGAGAUGUGAUGAAAAGGGACAUGGUGGAGAUUGCAUUUACCAAUUCACAUUUAAUGUACACAUUGCUUGGGGUUGGUAUGCUGCACUUGAAUCGUGUCAAACAACCCGUGGAAGCGAGCCCGAAAUGUGCAGAGGCCUAUUUCUGGCAGCAGGCGAUCCAAUUAUACCAAGCUGCACUACUCCCGGGAGUCAGUCGGAAAAAUGUGGAUGCUCUAAUCUCGACGUGUAUGUUUAUCAGCCUCGUGUCGCUCUGUCCAGACGACUUCAAACCUACCGAUUCGUGGGUUUUUACAAACAACCCUGCAGACAUGAACUGGCUCUACUUGCAAAGUGGAUUGCGAUGCAUCUUGCAGCAAGCAGAACAGUACCUCAAUGGAUGUAUCUGGGGAACUGCAUUCAUGGGAUUUCAUGAAAUAGAAUGCCAACUCUUUAAUUACGAAGGCCACUGUGGACCAGACGGCCUUGAUCCUCUUUUCGCCGAUUUCUGCGGCAUUGAUGAGUAUACGAACGAAACUACGAGCCCUUACUAUACGCCCCUCAAGUCUCUGACCACGCUGCUUGAAUUAGAGAAAAAUCUUUUCAAUGCAUCCAUGUGUACAACUUAUAUGGGGCGAUUGGAAUUUGAUUUUCUUGCCCUGCUUCAAAAAAGAGAUCCAGCAGCUCUUAUGAUUAUUGCGCACUGGAUGGGCUUGAUGUGCUUGCUGACGAAGUGGCAACCGUGGGUCGAGGGUAGGAUUCGAGCAGAGUGUAUUGCUAUUUGCAUGUUCUUUGAACGCAGUACAGACCCCAGAGUGCCACCACUGCUUGAAUUUCCUGCCUUUGCAUGUGGAUAUGCUCAAUUUGAGUAG